AUGGUCCCUUCCGUCCCUGUCUCCUGCAUCCUCUCGCAAGCUGCCACCAACAACAUUCCUCCCCAGCCUCCCUCCUCGCUCUCUCAAUCUGCUCAACAUGCUGCUUCUGCUGAAGCAGCAGGGGCUAGGCAGCUAAUGCAGGGGGAAGAGGGGGGAGUAGGCAUAGCACGGAUGGUGCAGCAGACGCAGCAGAGGGCGAGAGCAGGCGACACCUUGAUUCUGUGGUCAGAGGCGGCUGUGAUUCUGUUGCACGCCCAUGAGGAGACCACCCUCCUGGCUGACCUCGCUGCUAUUGCCACCGCUGCCAGCACCAACCGCACUGCCGUUGCUGCUGGUCCUGCUGCCGGUGCCGAUCCGGCAGCUCUUGCGCCGUUCAUUGGCGCGUCUUAUAUGAAGCUCAUCUCCCCGACGCAGUUCACCAACUCAUUCACCCUCAUCGCCCCCAGCGGCACCCCCAUUCUCCGAUACAACAAGACCCACCCCGUGCCCUCCGUGGAAGGCAAUGUGCUGCCGGGCGAUGGCACUCUCCCCGUGGUGGACACGCCUCUGGGGAGGCUGUCUGUCGCCAUCUGCUUCGACCUGCAGUUCCCUGCUCUCAUCAGCCAGGCGGGCAGGCAAGGAGUGGACAUUCUGCUGCAGCCCAGCUGGACGUGGGGCGCCAUAGGCCACGUGACAUUCGAGACGGAUGCAGUGAGGGCAGCAGAGAACGGGCUCACACUGCUGCGCUGCUCCUCCAUUGGGGUCUCGGGUGUCGUCUCCCCGUACUACCGCACCCUUGCUGCACAGGAAGGACUAGACACUGGGCUACUCACAAUGGUCCUGCCCCUCCUGCCCCAUGCCCAAGCUCUCUACCCUUAUGCUGGCCUCCCUAUACAGUGGGAGGAGAGGGAGGAAAAGAAGAGGCAGGGAUAG